UUUAUCUACUGCGUGGGAAAGGAGAUGUUUUAUCUGAAAAAUUUUCAUAUGUCUAUAGCCUUUUUGUAGGGAAGAAUGAAAACUAAAUGAACAAUGGGGCAAAAUUCUGAACCUAAGCCAAAUUUCUGUUUAAAGGAAAGAAAAUUGGUUUCCUGCUGAACCCGAAAGUACCUGAUGAAAUAAAGUAUUACCAUACUCAAAUCAGAAUAAGAAGGGAAAAAAGCACCAUGUGAUUCGCACUGUUGUUAUAAAAAUAGAGAAAUAAAAUAGGGUAAACAAAUGUCAGAUGAUAAGCACUUGGUUGAAAAUUAUGACCAAGUGUAGGUGAAAGUUUUACCAAAUAUUUUCUUAUGAAUGAAAACUAAAGAAAGAAAAUUGUACAUUAGGAAAUAUUUUAAUAUAAUUUAUUACAUUAUGGUAGUAUGUAGGAAACAUGUAUACUUAUAAAUCCAAUUUCCAUUAUUCACUUUUAUACAAUCCUAUGCCAUGAGAAUAUGAAAAAACUUCUUUACCUUUACAUGCUCAUUUAAGCAAUACUUAUGGGUGGCUUAUAGAUAUGGUAUUUUUUUCUUAUUUUAGAUGUUCAGAUAGUUGAAGCGCUAAUUACAAAAAGCCAAGAACGUCAUGAUACACAUUUGCAGGAUGUUGUAAUUGCCAACAGCAAUACAUCAACUGAGGAGAAAGUUGAAAUAGAACAAGCAUUUCAUUUGAGCUCAAACCAUAUUUCAAAUUCAAUUAUAAAUAGUGAAAAGUAUUUAGGAAUGAGGUGCAAAGAGUUCAAUGUAUGUUGGAAUGCACUUCCUCCUAGGGAGGCUGAUUGGAUGCAUGCUGGAGAGAAAUCUGAUGAGGGUAAUAUAACUGGGAACUUGUGGAAACAUUGUGAGCAUCUUAAUCAGCAUUCCAAGAUUCAUGCUCAGCAGCAGGCUUUUGAAUAUAGUGGACAAUGGAAAUCCUUCAACACAGCGCCAAUAUUAUUGGAACAGAAGAAAGUGUAUGUGGGAGAGACAUCCUGUAAAUUUGAUUAUGGGAAAGUCUUUCAUAAGUCAGAUGUUGUUGCCCAAGAGACAAUUCCAGUAUUAGAGAAAGCUUUUCAGUUUGACAUAUGUUGGAGAAAGUUCUGUGAAAAUUAUGAAUUCACUGAACAGCAGAAAAUACACACAGAACAGAAACCUUAUAAAUAUAGUGAAUGUGAUAAAUCAUUCAUGAAGAAAUUACCCCUUACAAUCCAUAAGAGAACACAUACAGGGGAGAAGCUAUAUGUGUGUAAUGACUGUGGGAAAACCUUUCACAAGUCCUCAAUCCUCAGCAAGCAUCAGAGAAUUCACACAGGUGAGAGACCAUAUGAAUGUAGUGAAUGUGGAAAAACCUUUCAUGAGAAGUCAAAUCUCAGCAGGCAUCAGAGAAUUCACACAGGUAAAAAACCAUAUGAAUGUAAAGAAUGUGGAAAAACCUUUCAUGCGAUGUCAGGCCUCAACCAGCAUAAGAGAAUUCACACAGGUGAGAAACCAUAUGAAUGUAAAAUAUGUAAGAAAGCUUUCAGCCGGAAGUCACACCUCAGCUUACAUGACAGAUCUCACACAGGUGAGAAACCAUAUGAAUGUAAAGAAUGUGGAAAAACUUUCUAUUGUAAAUCACACCUCAAUGUACAUCAGAGAACUCACACAGGUGAGAAACCAUAUGAAUGUAAAGAAUGUAGAAAAACUUUCUACCAUAAAUCAAAUCUCAAUGAACAUCAGAGAACUCACACAGGUGAGAAACCAUAUGAAUGUAAAGAAUGUGAAAAAACUUUCUACCAUAAAUCAAAUCUCAAUGAACAUCAGAGAAUUCACACAGGUGAGAAACCAUAUGAAUGUAGUGUGUGUGGAAAAACCUUUCACUGGAAGUCACAGCUCAGCAGGCAUCAGAGAAUUCACACAGGUGAGAAACCAUAUGAAUGCAGUGUGUGUGGAAAAACCUUUCACAGGAAGUCACACCUCAGCAGGCAUCAGAGAAUUCACACAGGUGAGAAACCAUAUGAAUGUAGUGAAUGUGGAAAAACCUUUUAUGAGAAGUCAAACCUCAGCAAGCAUCAGAGAAUUCAAGCAGGUGAGAAACCAUAUGAAUGUAAAGAAUGUAGAAGAACUUACUCCAGUAAAUCAUGCCUCAGUGUACAUCAGGGAACUCACGCAGGUGAGAAACCAUAUGAGUGUAGUCAAUGUGGGAAAACCUUCCACAGAAAGUCAUACCUCACCAGACAUCAGAGAAUUCACACAGGUGAGAAACCAUAUGAAUGUAGUCAAUGUGGGAAAACCUUUCACAGGAAGUCAAACCUUACCAGACAUCAGAGAAUUCACACAGAUGAGAAGCCCUAUGUAUGUAAUGAAUGUGGAAAACCUUUUCAUCAGAAGUCAAACCUCAGCAAGCAUUGGAGAAUUUACACAUGUGAGAAUCCAGAUGAACGAAAAGAAUAUAGGAAGCUUUUCUACAGUAAAGCAGACCUCAGUGUACAUCAAAGAACUCACACAGUUGUGAAACCAUAUAAAUGUAAUGAAUGUACAAAAUCUUUCUACCAGAAACCAAGCCUUACUAGUCAUGAGCACACUUCAGGAUGCAUCAGAGAACUCAUGUAAAAGACAAAACCUAUGAAUGUACAGCUGUCUAUUCAUAUCCACAGGGGAUUGGUUUCAAAACUUUCCAUAGAUACCAAAAUCUGUGAAUGCUCAAGUAUUAUAUGAAGUGGUGAUCUAUUGUGUAACAUUCUGCUGCACAAUUUAACAUCAUGUCUAGAUUACUUACAUUACUGAAUACAUUAAAAACAAUAUAAGUAGUUGUACUUUUUUGGUA